UUUCAGAUCAAUUCAGAUUAAUUUUCAUCGAGUUCAAUCUGGCACAUGAUGAAUAUGCCCUAGGAUGGAUAGAUGUGCUCAAUUCGUUCUUCUGGAAUAUUCGUCAGACAUCAACUAGCGCAGCACACUGCGAUUAGGGAGUCCUAGAUGAUCUUGUAAAAAGCUUGCUGUCACAUUUACAUACACUUGAGAAAGACUUUGUAUCACAAUAUUUUUAAAUUUCUUCCGAAUUCGUAUUUUUCAACAGUGUUAAGAACGCUUACAAAGAUUCGUCCCCGAAAUGUCAUCGAACACUCAGAUUGGCGCUUUGAAACUAUGCAAAAGAUCAUUCUUCCUCCAAAGCGGGACCGUUCCCUCCCAAACCGGCAUGCGCCACGAGCUGGGUUCUGAGGUAGCAGACGUCAUCCUGGAGUGUAUGAGUUCGCAGUGCCAGGCCUGGAUGGGAGUUGACCGAAAACUUCAGGGGCCUUCCGUUUACUGCCUCGAUCCGGAGCAGUUGAAGCACAACAUUCACGAGCACAUCUUGCAGCUUGGCCAACAGGCAGAGGACCGGCUGGAGCGACGCCGCCGACGCAAAGCUAAGAAGAAGGACAUCAGCGAGGAGUUGGAGUUUGUGAAGUUUGAGUGCCGUCAAAAGAUAGAAAUUGCUCGCGAUGAGGAACGCAAGCGGAUGGAGGCGCUGCUGGAGGAAGCUAAAUUUGAACUGGCGGAGAAAUUUCAGUUGAUGAAGAAAGAACUAGGAGAGGACUACUGCAGGGGCAGACGGGAGAUGGCCCAGUUUAUGUGUAGGAACUUACGGAAUCAAGUAAGGGGACUUCUUGUACAGAUUGCGCAGCGGUAUCGAGUGGAACUGGAUCAUGAGGUGGACACAAGGGUUAGCAAGGAAUUUCGGCGUAUUGCGGAUCAGUUGGAUGAAAUCGUUCAAGAUGCUGUGAACCACCAGAAAGCAAUAGACGAGGAAGCUAUGCGCAAGAUGUGCUAUCGCUACGAAGAGCUUUUGCGCAACGUUCGACACCGCGAAGCCUGCAGCCAACUAACGACACUUGCUCAGCAGAUAUGUUCCCAAUGGAUCGAGCUUUCCAAGCAGAAAAUGAAUCCCGACAUAUCCUGUCAGACUUCGUUCGUUAUACCGGAACCUACGACGACCGAUGCGGGGUCCGAUAUGACUUCGGCAGAGAGUGAAGGUUUCGAAGGACCAAAUAGUUUACUGGAGUUAGAUGAAAUUUUCGUCAUCGAAUCAUGUUUUAUGCAUCCUGGUCCAAGUCCGGUGUACAGUUAUGCUUCCAGUUCGUUUGAGGAAGAUGUACCGGAGUCUUCGACCACUUUGGAAGCUUUCACCUUCGAAGGCAACGUCUACGCUCAACCAAAGUACUUCCAAAAAGUUUAUGAGCAACUGUUUCCAACUCCGAUGCUCACGUGGGAGCCACGGACUGCUGAAGAAGAACCUCGACUUUCCAUGGACUCACUAUUGCCAAUCAAUUCGGACUUUACCAGAAAUGUCGUCAACCAGAUACUAAAUAACGCAGAUUUACAAGAAGAAGACGUUUCCGAAGUGCAAUUGACGAGCAUCGAUUUGGACGUUGAACCGUCUGCUUUAUAUGAACCCUCUGAAUGCGAUGAUUCGUUAUUGUCCUCGUCGGAGACAACUGUUUCGGGAUUGUUUGCUUUGGAAAAAUCAGAAUCUGCUAUCAACAUCUUGGCCAAUGGAAUAGUUCUCAAAUAUGUUAGAGCAACUGAGAAGGACUUCCAGCAGUAACAAACUAAACUCAAUCAUUGUAAAUGAAACUGGACAUCGUUGAAAAUAAAC